GCGGGGCGGUGCGGGGCGAGCGGCGGCGGCGGCGGCGCAGGCAGCGGGGGCGCCUGCGCCGGGGCGGCCGCGGGGCGCCGGCGGGAGCCAGCAGUGUCUGCAGCGGCGCCGGCCACCCGCGCCCCGGCGCGCUCCGGCUCGGCCAUGGAGCUGCCAGCUGUUGGCGAGCACGUCUUCGCGGUGGAGAGCAUCGAGAAGAAGCGGAUCCGCAAGGGCAGAGUGGAGUAUCUGGUGAAAUGGAGAGGCUGGUCCCCCAAAUAUAACACGUGGGAGCCCGAGGAGAACAUCCUGGACCCCCGGCUGCUGAUUGCCUUCCAGAACAGGGAGCGGCAGGAGCAGCUGAUGGGAUAUCGCAAGAGAGGCCCGAAGCCCAAGCCGCUGGUGGUGCAGGUGCCUACCUUUGCCAGGCGCUCCAAUGUGCUGAGCGGACUCCAGGACUCCUCCACGGACAACCGCAGCGCCAAGCUGGACCUGGGCGCCCAGGGCAAGGGCCAGGGGCACCAGUACGAGCUCAACAGCAAGAAGCAUCACCAGUACCAGCCGCACAGCAAGGAGCGGGCGGGCAAGCCCCCGCCGCCCGGCAAGAGCAGCAAGUACUACUACCAGCUCAACAGCAAAAAGCACCACCCCUACCAGCCGGACCCCAAGAUGUACGACCUGCAGUACCAGGGCGGCCACAAGGAGGCGCCCAGCCCCACCUGCCCGGACCUGGGUGCCAAGAACCACGCGCCAGACAAGUGGGCCCACGGGGCGGGGGCCAAGGGCUACCUGGGAGCCGUGAAGCCUCUGGCCGGCGCUGCCGGGGCUCCGGGCAAGGGCUCUGAGAAGGCGCCCCCCAACGGCAUGACGCCCGCCCCCAAGGAGGCGGUGACGGGCAACGGGAUCGGGGGCAAGAUGAAGAUCGUCAAGAACAAGAACAAGAACGGGCGCAUCGUGAUCGUGAUGAGCAAGUACAUGGAGAACGGCAUGCAGGCGGUGAAGAUCAAGUCGGGGGAGGCGGCGGAGGGCGAGGCGCGCGCCCCCAGCCACAAGAAGCGCGCCUCCGAGGACCGCCACCCCCCAUCGGACAGGACUUUCAAAAAGGCGGCAGGGGCGGCGGAGGAGAAGAAGGCGCAGGCUCCCUUUAAGAGGAGGGAGGAGGAGGCCCUGGGCCCCGGCGAGCCGCAGCCGCAGGACUCCGGGUCCCGCAAGCUCUCCCCAACCAAGGAGGCCUUCGGCGAGCAGCCGCUGCAGCUCACCACCAAGCCCGACCUGCUGGCCUGGGACUCGGCCCGGAGCGCGCACGCGCCCUCCCACCACCACCACCACCACCAUCACCACCACCACCACCACGCGGUGGGCCUCAACCUCUCCCACGCGCGCAAGCGCUGCCUCUCCGAGACCCACGGGGAGCGCGAGCCCUGCAAGAAGCGGCUGACGGCGCGCAGUAUCAGCACCCCCACCUGCCUGGGGGGAAGCCCGGCUGCCGAGCGCCCCGCCGACGUGCCCCCAGCCGCGCUCCCGCAGCCCGAGGUCAUCCUGCUGGACUCGGACCUGGACGAGCCCAUAGACUUGCGCUGCGUCAAGACGCGCGGCGAGACCGGGGCGCUGCCUGGCGGCCUCCGAGUGAAGCCCGAGGCGCCCGCGGCUGCGGCGGUGACGGCUGCGCCGGGGGCGGCGGCGGCGGAGAAGCCCCCUGCCGAGACCCAGGACGAGCCGGAGGAGCCGCUGAGCGAGUUCAAGCCCUUCUUCGGGAAUAUAAUUAUCACCGACGUCACCGCGAACUGCCUCACCGUCACUUUCAAGGAGUAUGUGACGGUGUAGCGGGAGGGGCAGUCCCGCCCGCGGCUGCCUCGGCUCGGCGCCUGGGGGCGGCGACUCCUCUCUCCACUUCCAGGGGAGCCGGGCCGGCCCCUAGCUCCAGGGACGCCCGAAGCCGCAGUAACGCGCCCCCUGUAUCCAGCUGCGGGGUCCUGGCUGGGACUGGGGCGCCCGGCGGCCUCCGUGGGAACUGGCGCCGAGCGCGGGGAGCCUGCGGGUCUGGCCCCCUCCCCGCGGACCCGGACCGCCGGAAGCCGGCCGCCUGGGAGGCAUAGUAUUAUAUUUUAACCCGCUAACGUGUCAGUGCAGACUCCACUCCCGUUUGUACGUGGUGUUAUUAUGGAAAUGUAUUGUUUGAGCUCCGAAGGCCCGGCCACCCCGUCGGGCUGAUAUAUCUAUAUUUAUUUGUAGGUAUUUAUAUAUUGAAAUAUAAAAGCCUAGAUUUAUGGAGUUCCUCUAGAUCAUGGUAUAUUCUCUCUCACACAGACCCGCUUCUGUCGGCCCUCUGCCCGCGCGGUCAGUAUUUCGGUUGCGUUCAUGUCCGCCCCUCCCAGGAACUGCAAUACCAGUGACCUUGGUAUAUAUUUUUUGAUACCGUACACAUGGGUGUGUUGUUUCUAUGUGCAAAAGGAAAAAAAGAAAAAAAGUUUGUUAAAAGGCUAAGCGAGCGCUCUAGACUAAACUGCUGCUACUAGAACUGUCUAAACUUUAAGCUUCCGAUCAUUACCUGCUUGAAUGUACAUAUUAAAUGGAGAUGUUGAAGGUG